UGUAUAACCAGGCAGAACAGAACGAAGGACUCUGGCUGGUCAGCUGUUCACACACAUUCAGUACAGGACCUGGAUUAAGAGGACAGCUCCACACACACAAUGUCGAAAGACAAGAUCACUGGAACCCUGGCUUUCACUGUCUUCACUGCCGUGCUGAGUUCCUUCCAGUUUGGAUAUGACAUUGGUGUGAUCAAUGCACCUCAAGAGGUAAUAAUAUCCCAUUAUCGACAUGUUUUGGGUGUUGAAGUGGAUGACCGAAGAGCUACCGGUAACGAUGCUGUCAAUGGCACUGACCCACCGUUCCUCGUCACGCCAGCAUAUGCCACACCAGCCGCCUGGGUGGAAGAAGAGACUGCAGGGUCUGCUCACAUAAUCACUAUGCUCUGGUCUCUGUCUGUGUCCAGCUUCGCAGUGGGCGGAAUGGUCGCCUCAUUCUUUGGUGGGUGGCUAGGGGACAAGCUUGGAAGGAUCAAAGCCAUGCUGGCAGCAAACAGUCUGUCGUUGACUGGAGCCCUCUUGAUGGGGUGUUCCAAAUUCGGACCAUCGCACAUCCUCAUCAUCGCCGGAAGAAGCGUAUCAGGACUGUACUGUGGGCUAAUUUCAGGACUGGUUCCAAUGUACAUUGGCGAAAUCGCUCCAACCACGCUCAGGGGUGCCCUGGGCACUCUUCACCAACUGGCCCUUGUCACAGGCAUUCUUAUUAGUCAGAUUGCUGGCCUCAGCUUUAUUCUGGGCAAUCAGGAUCACUGGCACAUCCUACUUGGCCUCUCUGCUGUACCAGCUCUCCUACAGUGUCUGCUACUCCUCUUCUGCCCAGAGAGCCCCAGAUACCUUUAUAUAAAGUUGGAAGAGGAAGUCAAAGCGAAGAAAAGCUUGAAGAGGCUAAGAGGAACUGAGGAUGUCAGCAAAGAUAUUAACGAGAUGAAAAGAGAAAAAGAGGAGGCAUCCACUGAGCAAAAAGUCUCCGUGAUGCAGCUCUUCACAGACUCCAGUUACCGGCAGCCCAUCCUCGUGGCGCUCAUGCUGCACGCCGCCCAGCAGUUCUCGGGAAUCAACGGGAUAUUUUACUAUUCAACCAGCAUUUUUCAGACGGCUGGAAUCAGCCAACCUGUGUACGCGACCAUUGGCGUCGGUGCCAUCAACAUGAUCUUCACUGCCGUUUCUGUGCUACUUGUGGAGAAGGCGGGGCGCCGCUCCCUGUUCCUAGCUGGGAUGAUUGGCAUGUUUUUCUGCACCAUCUUCAUGUCGGUGGGACUCGUGCUGCUGGAUAAAUUCUCCUGGAUGAGUUACGUCAGCAUGACAGCCAUCUUCCUCUUCGUCAGUUUCUUUGAGAUCGGGCCGGGUCCAAUCCCUUGGUUCAUGGUUGCUGAAUUUUUCAGCCAAGGACCCCGUCCCACCGCCCUGGCACUGGCUGCCUUCAGCAACUGGUUCUGCAAUUUCAUCAUCGCGCUCUGCUUCCAGUACAUUGCGGACUUCUGCGGGCCUUACGUGUUCUUCCUCUUUGCUGGCGUGGUCCUGGCCUUCACUCUGUUUACGUUUUUUAAAGUUCCGGAAACCAAAGGAAAGUCUUUUGAGGAAAUCGCUGCAGAAUUCCGGAAGAAGAGCGGUUCGGCUCCCCCACGCAAAGCUGCUGUACAAAUGGAAUUCCUGGGGGCUUCGGAGACAGCGUGAGGAUCACCUGCCUAAACCCCCAGGAACGGACGAGAAGGGAACCACGUGUUCCCUCUUAACCGAUCCUUCACAACUGUACAUCUAAACCCAAGAGUAUUGUUUCGUUCCUUUUGAAGAAUGUGUACAGACUCUGAUUAGAAAUGCCAAGAAAUAUUACCAAAGAAAGUAUUUUUUUAACUUAGAGAAUCUAUUUUUGAUGGUAAAACUCCUAAAUAAGCAAACUAAAGGGGCUGUUAUUUUGCUACUCUACAAGGGAAGUUCAUUCUCUUCAACUGAAAUUGAGGUACUUUUGACGUAUCGUUGCUUUUUAAAGCAUGUGACUAAGAAACCUAAAGCUACAACUGAUUAUAGAUAUAUACACAUAUAUAAUGUAUAUAUAUAUACAUCAUAUGUUAAAUUGGCCUUUUCUUCUCCACAGACCCAAUGCUAAAGGACAUAUGGCUGGUCUCAUCAAGGCUCACAUUCAAACUGACUUUUCUGUCACCCUUCUUCAGCUUCUCUCACAUGUAAUUAAGAGUUUGCGUUUCACCUCAAACUAUUUUCUGCAUUUUUUUUUUACAUAGAACAGCUGGGUAGGUUAAACUAUAUUUGUGAUGGAAAAACUCGUUUUUGUAGAUUCCAAAAUCUUCCUAUGGUGAGAGAAAACAUUCUAAUUUCUUGGAUGUAUUUUGCAGGGUUAAACGCUCAGGGUUUUGGUUUGUUUUUUUUGUUUGUUUGUUUUUGUUUUGUUUUGUUUUGUUUUUUUGGUUGUUGUUGUUGUUGUUUUCCAUUGGCAGAGCCUAGAUUAACAGGUAAUAUUAGUGUCUAAGCCACGUUAGCUCAGCUCCGCUUUGGUCCUUUCUGUUGCGCUUCACUUGUUUUUAAAUUGCCUGUAGCGUUUUUCUCUGAGGUGUUAGAAUACACACUCAAACCAUUAGGAGUCAGGCAUUUUGCAUAUUGCCUCCAAACUCUAACAACUUGGAUCGAUCUCACAGGGAAAUCUGUAGUAAAGUAUUGAACUGUUAAAAAAAAAUGUUUAAAAGUUUUUUAAUUAUGGUUUCUCAAAAGAAGUUUGCUCUCAGACCUAAUAAAAACUCCUCUCCUCCUAAACUUCUCUGGAGCUAGCAAGGGGGUUCCCUGAUGUGUGACAGUCACCCCUUCACCUGUUUCUCUUUGUCGUUACCACGUGCAGGUCCUAUAUUAACACCCCUACUGCUGGCACUAACAUCUGUUGUGUGUUACCAGUGUGUCCAGGGCUGUCUAACAACCUCGCCUGUGCAGGCAGAGUGGACAUAUUGUCCUUAAUUACAGUUAAGGACACAGGUCUGAUAUUUAGCAGGCAACUGAAAUGUCUCCAAGCUGUUUUCCCACAAAGUAGAGCAGAUCAAUCAUUUAUGGCUGGAUGAUGAUAGAUGGAUGGACAGACGGAUGGAUAGACAGAUAGAUGUGUGUUGAAGAAAAACAAUUUUUUUUUCUUUUGGGGAAGGGGUCAAGGUCUCACGCGCCUAGGCUGGGCUCUUGAACUCCUUCCCCAACUUCUCAAGCGCAGGAUUCCAGACAUGUGCUGCCAAACCCAGCCAGGGAAAGGCGCCUUUUAAAAAAGUACUCCUGAGAUGUGAAAAAUCUCUCUGAACACCUAUGGGUUUUUUUUUUUUUCUUUUUCUCCUUUCUAUCUGUCCCUUCCUUCUUUCCUGCCUCCCUCCUUUCCCUGCCCCUCUCUUAAACUCUGUUUAAGAGUUAUGUAGACUGCUGUGAUCUGGAACUGUUAUGAAGUCAAGACUGGCCUCAAACUGGUGGUGAUCCCCCUGCUUCUGCCUCCAAGGUGUGGAACUACAGGCAUGUGCCACCAUGGUAUUUCCAGUAUUUGCUUGUUUUUUCUUGGUCAAACUUGUUCUGUCUAAACCAACAUGAAAUUAUUUCUGGAUUGUUUUUUUUUUAACAUUGAUUUUUUUUUUCUCCUUUGGGAACAAUUUGGGGUUUGUUUGGUUUUUUGUUUUUGUUUGUUUGUUUUACUUAAAACUUCAGGAGUUGGUCAAAAGUAAGCUGAAGUAGUUCAGCAGUUUUUAUGCUAGGCUGUGGAUUCAGAAUAAAAAUCAAGAUCUCUGAGUAGGGAAGGGGCUCUUAUCCUCUACUACAGAAAGCUAACAGCCUCUGAGAAGCGCAGAGUUCCAAUACUUAAUACUUUUACGUGGAUGAAUGUGCUUGCUAUCAAAUCAUGGUCCCUGGCCCCAUUCUCUGAAAGAACAAAACAGUAAAGUUAUCCAAAGGAACCCCAAAGGUCACUUUCAGUUAUAACUACUUAUUUUAACUGACCGCAAACUCAAGAUAUUCCAAUCCUGUAGUUUUCUGUCUCAGAGAAAUGUAAUUAUCCUCCAUUGUCCUACUGGCUGAGAUCCCCCAUUCACCACUGAGCCUACCAAGAUCAACAGAUGCUCAAGGAGCAUCUUAGAUAGCAUGGAGCGUCCUCCCUUCAUCCUAAAUCAUCCCUAAGUCACUUAAAAGACAACAGAAACACUAUGCAAACAGCCAUCAUGCCCUAUUGUUUUAGGGAAUAAUGCCAAGAAAAACAUGCAUGAAUCCUCAUUGCAGAUGCAGUUUAAAACUCCACCUGAGGAUACAGAACCACCAGGAUCAAUGAUCACUUCUCUGCAUGUGCUGAGGAAGUCUUAAAGGGAAACAAAAAAGUAAAUAAAGCGUUAUAUAGCAAUGACCAAUGUACCUGUUAACAUCAUCUUCAUCAUCAUCAUCAUCAUACUUAAACUAUUGGCCUUCAGUAGUAAAUAGCAAAAAUGGCUCUACUGGCAUUAAUUUCCAGGAAAAUUAGAGGUGAGUCUGAACCCUCAAUUUCUAGGUAUCAUUUUUGUAGCAAUAUCUUCAUACAAAUGUGAUUUUUCUCUCCUGUCGUCUAAAGUACAACUAGACCUCCUGGUCUGGCCAUGUAACUGCUGCACGGUGUUAAUGUCUGCUGUCCAGGCACUCAGGAAAAGGUUUUGUCUAAAUUUCUAGCCCCAGCCUUCCUAGGCAUGGUCUACUCUGCAAUGCACUCUGAGCUAUAGUGCGGCAUUGUUAGGGAGCUUACAGUCUAACAGCGAGGUAAGAAGGACAGGGGAAUCACUUGCCUUUCGCUUGCCUUCAGCUGCACCUUCUGAAGAUGUAUAUCGAUCCUUUCCUACCUCAGCAAACUGUCCUGAGGAGCAACUGUCAAGCGCUAAUGAUAGGGCCUAGCAUAGAGAGCGCUCCACACGGCUACCUAGAAUUGGUGUUCACAGAAAUGCUGCCAAGGUAGACUUGGUGGCAUAGAACACAGCUCAAGUUGUUCUUUAAAAUAAAAGGAGUUUAGAAGUUCAAGAUAGUAUUUUCUUACUUCAAAGGAAAAAAAAAUCACAAAACAAGUCAUGAUAAAAUACCACGGGAGAUCCCUAAUCUAACUCUUAAAUCUAAGUAUAAUAUUUCCAGGUUAUUCUGUAAGAUUUUUUAUUUUGUUUUUAAGAUGUGUUUUUGUCUAAGUUAUGUUAUGUCAAGGGAUCUAUGUAUAAUAUUAUUUCUCUAGAGAAUAUUAAAUACAAAAUAAAACACUGUAUGUUGUAUUCGAAUGUAAUAUAUAUAUAAGGAUUAUACUAGCAGGACAAAAAUCAAACCUUGUUUAAAAUUCUUAAAAAUUAUAAAAAUGUUAUACACCAAUGUAUAUGCACCAGACAUGAUUUUGUCAACUUGUUGCAUGUGUAGCAGAUAAAAAACUGUUAGGUAAUAUCUGUGUCCUAAGCGGGGACAGUGUAUAAAGUGUGAGGCGCCUGUACGUAUGAUUUUUCACUAAAAUUCUGUAUUAGGAAAACAUGGAGGAAGGUUUGUUGCCAGUUACUCGGGUCACUCAGCCAGCGUUUGUAUUGAUUCCUAACUGGUGUACAUUAAAAAAUUAUCGUAAAACGAAACUGGCUUCAAGGUAAAAACUUACAUUCAACUACUAUUUUUUUUUUUUGCCCAUAAAGAUAUUACUGAAUACUUGGUGCUACUUAAGUUUAUAUGAAAAGUACCCACAUUAAUAAAAAAAAAAACAAAAACAUUAAACUAUAUUGGUUUACUGUG